AUGGCUAGCAGAAAGAAGUGCUUGAUUCUGGGAUUAACUGUAUUUUUGUGGCUUGGAUUAUAUGCUCAAAAUGAAAACCAGAAUGAAACAUGCAGGUUGCUUCGCAAAUUUAAUUUGACUGGAUAUGUAGAAGCUGAAAACCAUACUGUUGUUAUUGGAGGGCUAUUUCCUGUUCACUAUAGGACCAUGCCAACAAGUGACUCUGAUGAGGAAAUAGAAUCACCCAUGUGUGAGGGGUUUAAUUUCCGGGGUUUCCGCUGGAUGAAAACCAUGCUCCACACCAUCAAGGAGAUUAAUGAAAGAAAGGACAUUUUGCCUGAACACACUCUGGGCUACCAGAUAUUUGACAACUGUUUCUCCACCACCAAAGCAAUGGAGUCAGCUUUGGUGUUUCUAACAGGGCAGGAAGAAUACAAGCCUAACCUUAGGAACAGCACUGGAAAAUACCUCGUUGGAAUUAUUGGAGCAGGAAGAUCAACAAUGUCAAUUGCAGUUUCGAGAAUUCUAGGAGAUUAUUACAUACCUCAGGUGGGCUAUGCUUCAUCUUCCCCAAUUCUCAGUGACAGGAUUCAAUUUCCAAACAUUUUUCGCACAAUACCCAGUGAUAAGUUCCAGUCUGAGGCAAUCGUGAAUCUGAUUAGACAUUUUGGUUGGGUCUGGGUAGGUGCUAUUGCAACUGAUGAUGAUUAUGGUAAACACGGAGUAAAAUCACUUAGGAAAAAAAUGGAGUUGUCCAACCUCUGCAUGGCUUUCUCUGAAACCAUUCCAAAAGUCUACUCCAAUGAGAAAAUGCAAAUAGCUGUUAAUGAAGUAAAGAAAUCCACUGCCAAAGUCAUUGUGCUUUAUGCAACUGACAUUCAUCUCAGUCCCUUUGUGCUGGAAGUGGUUCAUCAUAACAUAACUGACAGGACAUGGAUAGCCAGUGAAGCCUGGAUUACCUCAGCUCUCAUUGCAAAGCCUGAGUAUUUUCCCUAUUUUGGUGGAACCAUUGGACUUGCAGUCCCGAGAAGUGUUAUACCAGGAUUAAAAGAAUUUCUUUAUGAUGUACACCCUAGCAAGGAUCCAAAUGAUCUCCUGACCAUUGAAUUCUGGCAAACUGCCUUUAACUGUACCUGGCCCAACAGCAGUGUGCCUUACAAUGUGGACCAUAGAGUGAAUAUGACUGGUAAAGAAGACAGAUUGUAUGCCAUGUCUGAUCAGCUCUGCACUGGAGAGGAGAAACUGGAGGAUCUGAAAAAUACCUAUCUGGACACAUCUCAGCUGAGAAUCACAAACAAUGUCAAACAAGCCGUGUAUCUUAUAGCUUAUGCCAUGGAUCUUUUAAGCAGAGCUGACAUAACAGAAGAUUAUAGGGAAAAUGUAGCAUGUCCAAUUAUACCUGACUUUGAGUCCGGGAAGCUAUGGAAUUACUUUAGGAAAAUAAAAUUUACUACACAUGAUGGAAGCAAAAUAGAGACUGAUUUCUAUGGAGACAUAGAAAGUGGAUAUUAUGAGAUACUCAAUUGGCACAUGGAUAACGCUGGAGAAAUUGCCUUUGUCAAGGUUGGAGAAUACAAAUUCACAACUUCAAAAUAUGAACUUGUUCUACCAACGAACUCAACACUAUUUUGGAAGACUGAAUCUUACAGGCUUCCAGAAUCAUUCUGCACAAAAGUGUGUUCUCCAGGGACCCGGAGGAAAAAUCGCCCAGGACAACCCCUAUGCUGCUUUGAUUGCAUCCCAUGUGAGGAUGGAUAUGUGUCAGAGAAACCAGGCCAAAGACUAUGUGAACCAUGUGGUGAAGAUGACUGGUCCAAUCCACAGAAGAACAAGUGUGUGCCAAAGCUUGUGGAAUUCCUCACUUAUGAGGAGGCUCUGGGCUAUGCACUUGUCAUCCUUUCAAUAUUUGGAGCACUUGUGGCCUUGGCUGUCACUGUUGUGUAUGUGAUCCACAGACACACUCCAUUGGCAAAAGCCAAUGACCAGGAGCUGAGCUUCCUCAUUCAGAUGUCUCUGGUUAUCAUGGUGCUCUCAUCCAUUCUGUUCAUAGGCAAACCAUACAAUUGGACCUGCAUGGCCCGCCAGGUCACUCUGGCACUGGGAUUUUGCCUUUGUCUGUCUUCCAUUCUUGGAAAGACUAUUUCACUCUUUUUUGCCUAUAGAAUUUCAAAAUCCAAAACCCGGCUUAUAUCCAUGCAUCCUAUUUUUCGUAAACUCAUUGUGUUGAUCUGUGUUGUAGGGGAGAUUGGUGUAUGCACAGCUUACUUGAUGUUGAAGCCUCCAAAGAUGGUCAAGAACAUUGAACCUCAGAAUGUAAAGAUCAUCUUUGAAUGUAAUGAAGGGUCUAUACAGUUUCUUUGCUCUAUAUUUGCCUUUGAUGUCCUUCUGGCUCUGUUGUGUUUCCUUACAACCUUUGUGGCUCGCAAGCUGCCAGAUAACUAUUACGAAGGGAAAUGUAUCACUUUUGGGAUGCUGGUCUUUUUCAUUGUCUGGAUUUCUUUUGUCCCUGCUUACUUGAGCACCAAAGGGAAAUUCAAAGUAGCUGUGGAAAUAUUUGCCAUUUUGGCAUCCAGCUAUGGCUUGUUAGGCUGUCUAUUUCUUCCCAAGUGUUUCAUUAUCUUGCUGAGGCCAAAGAUGAACACGGAUGAAACUGUUGGUGGAAGAGUCCCCACUGUUGACAGGAGCAUCCAGUUGACCUCAACCUCUGUGAGCAGUGAGCUUAACAACACCACAGUGUCUACUCUUCUGGAUGAGUAG